AUGGCGACAUCGUUCAAUGCCAGCCACAAACGCAAGAUCAGCUUCGCUGACUUGGAACGUACCUAUCGCGCCGCAGGCCCCGUCGCACCACCACCAUCCUCCCACUCCCAGCAACCUCCACCCCCUACCCCACAGCAGAUCCAGGCUCAGCGGCUCGAAGAACUCCGCCGCCAAGACCUUGCGCGUCGCCAGUCCAAGAAACCGACCGACCGCGACAUUCCCGAAGAACUUGCCUCGGUUAUUGUAGGCGAUGGCGUGCAGCGCUAUCAGCAGCUGCGCGACGUCGAGCGUAAGCUGGAUGCGGUCAUGGUGCGCAAGAGAUUGGAUAUUAGUGACAACCUGCAGCGGCGGUACACGAGAAGGGAAGGCGUGAUGAGGGUGUGGAUAAGCAAUACCGCGGAUGGACAGCCGUGGCAAGUGGUGGAUGAAGGUGGCAUGGGCGACCUGGGGUCGUUUGACUUUGGGGAAGAGAGUCGGGCGACUUUUCGUGUGAAGAUUGAAGGACGCCUGCUGGACGAGCCUAGCGAGCAGGAGGAUGAGAAGGAGAAGGAGAAGGAGACAGAGAAGGACGGUGAGGCGGAUGAGAAGGAGAGGACGACGCCACAGAAGGCCGCGCAAAGACCACGCUUCAGCAACUUCUUCAAAGCCAUCACCAUCGACUUCUCGCGUAACCCCGCGCUGCAGCCGGAUGGUUAUAGUGGAAUCGAAUGGCGCAAACCGCAGCCGGGCCCGCAGAAUGCGACAUUCGAUCCGAAUAGCAGCGAGGUCAGCUUUGACACGCUGGAGUUCGAGCGCAAGAGCGACGAGAAUAUCAACGUCACGAUUAAUCUGGUUCGGGAUGAGAAGAUGGAGCGCUAUAGAUUAAGCCCACAAUUGGCGGAGAUUCUAGACACGGAGGAGGAAGACCGCGCGGGCGCUGUGCAGGGCAUUUGGGAGUAUUGUCGAGCUAUGGGUUUGCAGGAGGAUGAAGAGAAGAGGAACGUCGUAUGCGACGAGCCGCUGCGGAAGCUCUUCAACCGCGACAGCUUCCAAUUCCCCUACGUGCCCGAAUACCUCAUGCAGCACCUGCACCCCCUACCACCCAUCAAGCUCGCCUACACCAUCCGCGUCGACAAAUCCUACAUCCAAGGUUCCGACGGCGCACCCCCAUGCGCACCCACUGUCUACGACAUCCGCGUCCCGCUCCCCAACACCCUAACGCAACAACUCACGCGCUUCCACACCUCCAAAUCCCACCUCAGCACUCUCCAAACCAUCGUCAAGGUCGACGAUGAUCUCGCGUUACUCGUGCAAAAACUGCACCAAACGAAUGGGAAGAGGAAGUUUUACGAGAAUUUGGCCAAGGAUCCGGCGGGGUUUGUGAAGAGGUGGGUGGGCAGCCAGCAGCGGGAUCUGGAAGUUAUUCUGGCGGAGGAGGGGAGGGUGGAGGAUGGAGAGGAGUGGAGGAGGGGUGGGGAGGAGGGGCUGUGGGGGUCCAGGUUGGCGAGGGAGAGUGCUGGGUUGUUUUUGGCGAGGAAUGGGGGGAGUACGGCGGGGGCGGCGGCGAGGUGA